ACAGGUCGCUCUCCCGAGCUUGACCUCGGAGAUAAAAUUCGAAGACGAACCGCCAAGCAGACCUCGCGAACUCUCACGGGCUUACAGUUAUGAUUUUGCCAUGCACCACGGACCUCCAAGCCCCAUUCGGCCGCUUGAGCGCACUUCGUUCUCAUCCAGUGUCUUCUCCACGCCUCACUACCACGAUGCGGCCCACUUUGAGAACCAGGAACCUGCCACCCCCGCAAGGGAAACGAGGUCUCGGAAAAGACGUGGUAACCUUCCCAGAGACACGACAGACAAACUACGGGCGUGGUUUGACGACCAUUUAUCGCAUCCCUAUCCUACAGAGGAUGAAAAGCAAGAGUUUAUACGCAGAACGGGACUCCAAAUGAACCAAAUCUCCAACUGGUUUAUUAACGCCAGAAGACGCUACUUACCACUUAUCAAGAAGAAGAUGGCUGAAAAGGCGGCAGCUGAAGCCAAGGCGGCUUCCGAAGCCCUCCAAAAUGGACAAGCUAUAAGCAGUGAAAGCAACUUUGCCGCUUCGCCAGCUAUCAGCGACGGCACAGCCUUUAGCGCUACUAGUGAUGGUACAAUCUACAGCGCCGCUAGCGAUGGCACAAUAUUCAGCGACAUUGUCAAACAUGAGGCAUGAAGCGGAACUUUUGCGGGGAAAAGAACCACCAUGAAGAAAUAGAAGACGGAAGAGACGUG